AUGACGCUAAACAACAAUGCGAUUGAUUACGUGCACUGGGAUGAUCCCAAUGAGCUUGUGGACCGCCUACGAUUGCUCGACGCUUCGCGCCGAGCCAGUCACAACGCGCAUGACAACGAGAUGCUGUCCAUUAUCGAGGAACUUCGUGAGGCUGGUUUUAUUGUCUGUAUGUCGGAGCUGUUAGAAAACAUAUAUCGCACGAUACUCUUUUCGCGCAUACCAUUACACCAACGAUCACACCAUCGAGACAUGAGACCGUCAAAAUCGAGUGGACGUAACGAUUCCGAGAAGCGAAGACUCGUCGAGGAGCUGCAUGCCCCGGCGAGAAAGAAUUUUCCCCGGAGACACGUCAUAGUUCGAGGAUACGAUGAUCUGUGGCAAGCCGACCUCGUUGACAUGCAGGCGUACUCACGUUUCAACAGAGGCUACCACUACAUACUUACCGUCAUCGAUGUGUUGAGCAAGCACGCUUGGGCCGUGCCCCUCAAGAUUAAAGGCGGAAGCGAGACGGCUGACGCUAUCGCUGAGAUAAUUCGGGAGAGCGAAAGAUGCCCGAGAAACCUACAAACUGAUAAGGGGAAGGAAUUUUACAACACCUACGUGCAACGACUUUUGAAGAAACAAAACAUCAAUCUCUAUUCCACAUAUUCCAUAAUGAAAGCGUCAGUCGUCGAGCGGUUCAAUCGCACGUUGAAGAACGCCAUGUGGAAGAUGUUUACACUCAAUGGAAGUUACAAGUGGACGGAUUUAUUGCCGCGACUCACAGCCGAGUACAACGCGCGCAAGCAUCGCACCAUCGGUAUGCGGCCCGUCGACGUCACCCCCGCGGUUGCCAACAGGCUCCUGAAAACGGUGUACAGCCACGUAAAAAUCGCCGGUCCGGCAAGGUUCAAAGUGGACGACGCGGUACGCGUUAGCAGAUACAAGACGAUAUUCGAGAAGGGUUAUACGCCAAAUUGGACCACCGAGGUGUUUAAGAUCGUUACAGUACAACACACCAAUCCCGUAACGUAUCUACUCCAGGAUUAUCGCGGAGAACCCGUUGCAGGAGCGUUCUAUGAGUACGAGUUGCAUCGCGCCACUAACCCAGAUGUGUAUCUUGUGGAAAAGGUACUGCGCAGGAAGGGUGACAAGGUUUAUGUGAAAUGGUUGGGAUUCGAUGGAUCGCAUAACUCGUGGAUAGACAAGAACAAUGUGGUUUAA